ACAGUACAAAGAUCCAAAAGCGAAGAAUCGAAACCCCAAUUUGUUACUGUACGAAAUUUCUGAUUACCCAGUAAAGUGAGAAGAAUGAGUGUUCUUGAGUACCCAGAUGCGAUAAACGCGCCGGAGGUUCAGGUGUGGAACAACGCCGCCUACGACGACAACGAAGGCUCCGGUUCUGCAUUCUUCUCCGUCAAACCCGGCUGGUCUUUCGACUCCGAGGACUGCAGCAAGGAGAAUCUGAGCCCGGUUCCCAAGACCCCUCUUUUCGCGGCCGCGGCGGAUUCUCCGGUGCCGUUCAAGCCGCUGAACGGGAACCCGCGGCGGCUGUCGGUGGCGCCGAGGAAGAUGGGGCUCGAGGCCGAAGACAUGGGGAAGAUCGAUUCGGAGAUUGAGGACAUCGAGAAGGAGAUAAGAAGAUUGAGUUCGAGGCUGGAGUUGCUGAAGCUCGAGAAGGCCCAGAAGGCUGCGGUGGAGAAGCGCGGCAGAGUGGUGGCGGCGAAGUUCAUGGAGCCGCUGUGUGGGAAGCAGAGUGUGAAGAAUUCCGACGGGCUGAGAAAGAUUGAGGAGUCUUUGAAUUUGAGCGCCAGGCCGAAGCUGGCUAACCGGAGAGGUAUGAGUUUGGGGCCGACGGAGAUUAUCGCCGGGGCAGGGUUCCGGCGGCCGAGUAAGCUUGAGAUAACCCCUGGUCAGAAGAUACAGGACCGCCGGAAGUCUUGCUUCUGGAAGCUUCAGGACAUUGAUGAACUGAGGGUUGCUAAAGAGAGGAGGAAAAGCAUGAGUCUUAGCCCGAAAUCGAGGAAGACUGCGUCGAAAAUUGGAGCUUCGAAACAGGCUGCAACUACAAUUGGGGGUUCCAAGAGGCCUGUGAAGAAGGAGGAGAAGGUUCUUGCUUCAAUUGAGCCCAAGAAGCUUUUCAAGGAAGGAGAGAAGUCUGUGCCUAACAAGAAGCCGGUUAAGGCUGGCAGGGUUGUGGCAAGCAGGUACAAUCAGAUUGGGAGCUCCUCGGUUGCGGCGGAUGGUCGGAAAAGAUCUCUGCCGGAUGAUGAUAAGGAAGAUGGGAGCAGGUGUGAGAAGAAGCGCGUGUCAUUGGUGGGGAAGCCGCGUGGCAUUGGGAGGGAGGGGUCUAGGAGCGUUGGAGCGGAGAGUAGGAUGAAGAAGAGAUGGGAGAUUCCUAGUGAGGUGGUGGUGUUUCAGGGUGUGGAGGAGGAUGGUGUUGCUGAAAUGUGUGAUGUGAAUGAUGUGCUGCCGAAGAUUAGGACUGUUCGAUGUGUUAAUGACACUCCGAGGGGAUCAGGACCGGCGAAAAGGGUGGCGGAAUUGGUUGGGAUGAAGAAGUACUUUAGCAAUAGUGAUGAGUUCUGCCAGGAGUUGAGUUUUGCAGAAGAGGAGGAUGGUGAAGAAGAAUAAGUGGGAUCGUGGUACCUACUGAACCCCUUUACAGUUCAGUUUAGUAAUUUUGGUUCUGAAAUUUUAGUAUUGGGAAGCCAUAACUCUUGUUAUGGAGUAAGUAUGCUUAUUUGUUUCUGUUGGUGGAGAAAGUUUGUAAGGUGCAGUUUUAGACUCGGAGAAGGCUUUUUUCUUCUCUUGCUGUCUAAGCAAAAAUAAGUUGUAUUUGUUUCAUUC